GUGACAUUGAGAGAGAGGAAAUCCUGAUUUCAAUGUCACAGCAGUGGUGCAGAGACUGAAGAUAGACUGGAAUGUUAUAACAGCUAUUCAGCCACGAAAAGCAAUUGAUUGGACUGUCAUGGAAUUUAAUGAGAAUCCGAAAAUAACAGGCUGGCAUGUUGCAACAAUGAACAGAAGUCUCAGCACAGCUCUUUACCAUCUUUCGACACGUUACGACGAGCUGCCUUUGAAAAUUCGAAUCAAAUACGUGCUUCGAGUUGUUCAGGCAAUUUACUACCCCAUCCUCGCAAUUGUUGGUCUCACUGUUAACAUUGUAACGAUUGUCAUACUGUCUCGGGGAAAAUGCGGUCUGUCUAAAUGGAUUACUCAUUACCUGGUGGCCAUGUCAGCAGCAGAUUUACUCGUUGUUAUCCUAGAACUGAUGUUCAGACAGAUUCCAAUUGUUUUUAAGAAGCAGUUUAUCUUCUUAAAGUCUGUCCCUUUGUGUAAUAUUCAUGCUGCUCUGCUAUAUACAGCUAUUGAUUGUUCUGUAUGGUUCACUGUUGCUUUCACCUUCGAUCGUUUUAUAGUUCUUUGUUGCAACAAGCUGAAAAGUAAAUACUGCACUGAGAAAACAGCAGUUACAAUUCUUGUAUCAAUGACUGUUUUGAGUGGUUUGAAGAAUAUUUUCUGGUAUUUUAUGUUUACAGGUUUGUAUCGGCUUCAUAAAGAACCCUGGUUUUGUUAUGAAUCAACAGGUGUUCAGUUCUCUUUGGUCUGGGGUUCCAUUGAGUUUGCCCAGUACAUACUUACCCCGAUUGUCCCAUUUGUUCUUAUUCUGCUGUUGAAUGCAUUCACAGGAAAAUACGUUUUAUUGAACACCAAUGUCCGCAAGAGACUCUGGUCUCACUGCAAGUUUGGGAAUGUAAGAGAUGCAGAGGUGGAAAAUAGAAGAAGAUCCAUAAUUUUACUCUUCCUCAUCUCUGCUAAUUUGAUCCUAUUGUGGUCACCGUUGUUGUUAUCUACAUUUUGGAUACGGAUGAGAUUAUUGGGGUAUACUGUCUGGCUGAAUCAAUUUUGGCGAGAUAUUGGUUUCAUGUUGCAACUUUUGAGCUGUUGCACAAACACUUGUGUUUAUGUUGUGACACAGAAAAUGUUUCGAAAGCAGGUGAAGAAUGUUCUACUAGGCUUAUUCACUCGAAAAGUCCAAUCCAUACAAUAAUGUAAUUAUUAAAUUAUUGAGUGCAUUGAUCAAUUUUUGAUUGUACUUCACAUUUGUCAUAUAGUCAGCUCAAAAUUUUGAUUCAAUAAAAUGUCAGUUCUGAUUCUCAAUGUCGCUGAAAAAUUAGCGUAAUCCGCGAUCGGGGUGAAUAGAGAGAGGAAAUGUCAUAUGUCAUUAUUUAGGGCUGAAACAGCUUAUGCUGUGCAAAAUAAAUUUGGAUACAAUGCU